AUGCUGUCCGAUCGGUCUACCUCUUCUGCACUGCGUCUCUGCCCGAGCUUCCACAUGUCUACUUCUUUAUCAGGAGAGUUUAUCUUUGUCGUAUAUCCCACUAAAAAGCCUGAUCCCACACCCUAUCAGCCAGAGUGGCUGCCAGGGUAUCUCUCAGUUUGCUGGCCCGUAGGUGAAUCCGGGUUUCUAUCCGGCUGUUGCCUGCUGGUUGGCCGGCCUGACUAUCCAUCCAGUGGCAUGACGCCGCCCUCGUCGCCAUUAAGUCAAGGGUCCAUCCGCAUGCUCCCCUCCUGCCCACACAGGCAGAUAUUCUCUACCGAUCAGCGUGCCUGUAUUCGCGUGCCUGAAAUCCAGGUAGCCGCAUUGAUUAGCCGGGUGCUUGUUAGCGAAUAA